UAAUAAAGAAAGGAGGAAAUAGUAAUGGAGUGUAGAUAGGGACAUUAUUGUAAACUCAGACCACCUCAACAAGAUGUCAAGAUCUGAAGUCUCUGAACCACCGAAUCGGCGCAAAGCUCAUCUCAUCUCUCUCUCUCUCUUUCUAGAUAUAAAUAUAAAUAUUUCUUUUUAUGACGAACGGCUCUAAACUCACGUCACCAUUUACUCUAGAUUAUUUUGGUUUUCAGCAUUCUUUUUACUAGUAUUGUUGUUCCCUCCCUCGCCUUGCCAUCUGCCGCAAUCGCUUGCCUAACCGUGGCACUUUCUCGAACGACAAACUUCUCCUCUCCGGUGGGUCAUGAUCCUGACCCGCUCUAUCCAACGCUCCCAACCCAGAAUCCGAAGUUCUAACCUGAAAACCCACCGGAGCGACCGUCAUGCGUCUCAUAGUACCUCUCCAAGGCGUGGUUCAAGGAAGAGGAGGCUUAAUCCUCGGCUCUCUUAUCCCAUGCGCUCUCUUCUACUUCCUCCAACUCUACCUCAAACGAAACCGUUCUCCGAACUCUCAGUCAAGUCCUCCUUCUCGCUCCACGUCGUCAUCGACCCUGGCGGAGAUGACGAGAACCUUGUCACGCGGCUCGAUUGGACCGGCUCGAAUAUCUUCCCGGGCCAUUUCCAUUGCAAAACCGAACGACUCGCCGUAUUAUAUCGGGUUGGAUAAGGCCUCGGAGGAUCCGUAUGAUAGAAUAGGUAACCCGCAUGGGGUUAUCCAGCUGGGCUUGUCAGAGAAUAGGUUGUGUUUUGAUUUAAUUAAGAAAUGGAUGUUGGAUAACUUGAGCGAUUCGAUAAUGAGAAAAGAGGGUGGUGAUUUGAGCAUUAGCGGGAUUGCCACUUACCAGCCUAUUGACGGAACAAUGGAACUCAAACUGGCUAUGGCAGGUUUUAUGUCUCGUGUUAUGGGAGGAGCUGUCUCAUUUGAACCUUCACAGAUGGUUUUAACUGCCGGUGCGACUCCGGCAAUUGAGACAUUAUGCUUCUGCUUGGCAGACCAUGGGAAUGCAUUUCUUGUUCCCACACCUUAUUAUCCUGGUUUUGACAGGGAUGUGAAAUGGCGAACAGGAGUGGAGCUAAUACCUGUCCAUUGUCGUAGCACUGACAAUUUCAUAUUAAGUAUCACUGCACUUGAUCAAGCAUUCAACCAGACAAGAAAACGAGGAACAAAAAUUCGAGGGAUUCUCCUUUCAAACCCUGCAAAUCCUGUUGGCAAUCUACUUUCUCGAGAGAUGCUUCAUGGUCUCUUGGACUUUGCUCAAGAAAAGAACCUCCAUAUCAUAUCAGAUGAAAUAUUUGCAGGGUCUAUGUAUGGGAAUGAAAAGUUUGUCAGCAUGGCUGAAGUUCUUGAUUCAGAGAAUUUUGAUAAAGACAGGGUUCAUAUAAUUUAUGGGCUAUCAAAAGACCUUUCUCUUCCAGGAUUUAGGGUUGGAAUGAUCUAUUCAUUUAAUGAGAAUGUUUUGGCAGCUGCUAGAAAGUUAACUAGGUUUUCUUCUAUUUCUGCUCCUACCCAAAGGAUACUAGUUUCAAUGCUUUCGGAUACAAGAUUCACUGAGGAAUAUAUUGAAACCAAUAAAAAGAGGAUACAAAAUAUGCGUGAUUUAUUUGUAGCUGGUCUGAAAGUAUUAGGUAUUAGAUGUGGAGAGAGCAGUGCUGGCUUGUAUUGUUGGGCUGAUAUGAGCAAAUUAAUCCCCUCUUACAGUGAGAAAGGAGAACUUGAGCUAUGGGAUAAGCUAUUGAAUGUGGCUAAGAUCAAUAUAACUCCUGGUUCAGCUUGCCACUGCAUAGAACCAGGAUGGUUCCGAUGUUGUUUUACAACCUUAGCUCAGGAGGAUAUUCCUGUAGUUAUGGAACGGAUUCGAAAAGUUGCUGAUACCCAUGCAUCAUGCAGUUGA